AUGUAUGCGAAAAAGUUUACAGGAUCCGAUCCACAGACGGUGCGAACCGCCGCCGAAAUCGUCGCACUUCAGAGGAUGAAGAAUCGAAAUGACAGUGACACUGAUUUUUCGGAUGACGAUGAGGAGACGUCAGGAGGAUGUCCGAAAAUGACACCACAGGAAGAGCAGAGAAUGUUCGAGAGAGAACAACAAAUCGCAUUCUCUGGUAGAUGUACAAUUGGAGAUCCUGAGAGUUGUCAUCAACUUCGAACCGACAUCAAUCAUCGUUGUGGACCACGGCCGUCGACGUCGUCAAACGCCACGUGGAACAUUCUGAAUCGUGACGUCCAACGUCGAAAUGGACCCGUGAUGACGUCGGCGUCGCGAGCACACCUUCUGAAUACGCAUUUGCCGAACAAAAAGCGACGUGUCGAUCAGUUGAGGACGAAGAAUUUCUGUGCACAGUACAUUCAGAAUGGACGGAAAAUGGUUGUAUCGAGUCAGGGUGAACGAGAAAAUUCGUUUCUAUCAACGAAAUCCGGAAAAAUCGAAAUAUCGCUCCCGAUACUAUCAAUGCAACGAACUCCGUGUGGACCACUGCAAUUGGUCGAUCUCGAUACGGCUGUCAACCAACAAGGCGAUCUGAUAUCGUACUGUACGUGGAAAGACGCCGUUUAUAUUGGACGUAUGGAACAAGAGGACAAUCAAAAUAUCACAUGGUUUCCUAUUGAUUGGCAUGGGGAACAUGCUGUGCAGAACCAAUGCGCGGUGUUCUGCGUCCGGUUCUCCGACGAUUCCGAACAAAUCGUUUGUGGGACUUCUGAAUACAGUAUCCACGUCUUCGACGUUGAGCAACGUCGACGGAUUCGAACGAUUGUGAAUGCCCAUGAGGAUGACGUGAAUUCGGUGUGUUUCGCGGAUUACGGCUCGAAUUUGAUCUACAGUGCGGGAGAUGAUGGUCUGGUGAAGGUAUGGGACAAACGAGCGUGGUCCGAUGGUGACGUCAUCCCUGUCGGCGUCUUUGCCGGACAUCGGGACGGUGUGACGUACGUGGAUUCGAGACAGGACGAACGGUAUCUGCUGAGCAAUUCCAAAGAUCAGACGAUCAAAGUUUGGGAUUUGCGGAAGUUCUCGUGUCAAGGCGGAGUGGAAGCUACACGUGCGUGCGUUCAGAGUCAACACUGGGACUAUCGAUGGCAACCGGCGCCGCCUGGAUUGUGUCAACCGGUCCAAGGUGAUACGUCUGUGAUGACACUCCGGGGACACAGCGUACUGCAUACACUUGUCAGAGCGAAAUUCUCACCGGAAAACACUGGAAGACGGUUCAUCUAUACGGGAUGCGCGAGAGGAGAGAUUGUUGUCUACGACAUUGUGACGGGUACAGUAAGCCGCCGCCUGAAAGGGCAUCAAGCAGUGGUGCGGGAGUGUGAUUGGCAUCCACAGGAGAAUGAAAUUGUCAGCACUUCGUGGGAUGGCGUAACAACAGUUUGGACAUGGGACGAACGUGCUGAAGGCGUUAUUGCUCCAUACGACCAUCCAAAUAUUCACCAAUUCGGCGACGAAGAUUCAUGUGAUGAACUCUAUCAACCAAUCAAAAAACCGCAAAGAAAACUGCGAAAACCGAUUUCGGCACGAAAUGCGAAAUGCCCGACGACCAGUUCGGAACCCGACGAUUUUCAAAUUUAA